UUCUGUUAAUUGCUAUUGUUGUUGGGUUGGUAUCAAAAUAAUCUAUAUACAAACAUGAAGUUUGGCAAGGAAUUCAAGUCACAAAUGGUGCCAGAAUGGCAAGAAGCAUACAUGGAUUACGAUUUUCUUAAAACCCUUUUGAAAGAGAUACACAUACAUAAGGAAAAAGACCGACCAUCGUUCAAACGACCUGCAUCUGAAUCCGGCCUCCGGAGGAAGCUUACACUUUACAGAGCCUUUAGCGGAUUAACCCAGAGAGGAAACAACAACGCUCCUCCCGUCGAUAGAUCUGACAUCGAAAAUCAAGUCAUAUUCGUUCAUUCACAGUCGGGAGGAGAGGGGAACUUCCAGACUUUUUUAAUGGCGGCUGAUGAUGAAGGGGGAGGAGAUCACGAGACUGCUUACUUUCGGAGACUAGACAGUGAGUUUAAUAAGGUGGUGAAGUUUUACAAGACGAAAGUCGAUGAGGUGAUGAAGGAAGCGGAAACGAUUAACACACAAAUGGAUGCAUUCAUUGCCUUUCGAAUCAAAGUAGACAAACUUCAAAUCCCAUUUGAGGAUUCGGGCCAGAUUGUUCGUUUGGCUUCAGAUGUCGCUGCUUCAACAGCCGCCAUGUCCUCUACUGCUCCAUCUGAAGCUAACAGGGCUAGCAGCAGAUGUAAUUCAAUGACUGUGAUUGAGGAAGUUGGUUCUGGUUCAAGUUCGAGUUCGAGCAGCCAUGGUGAAGGGUCAACAUCAUCAGGUGAUAAACCUGAAGCUGUCAAAGAGACGAUUAAGCCACCAUCAUCAAUUGACAAGAACCAACACAGGCCAAGGCCAGCUCCAUUAGAAAUUCUUAACCAUGUGAAGAUAAACACUACUCUAGACACACCUCGCUCGACUCUCAAAGGAUUCCUUAAGGUUCCUGGCCAGGAAGAUUUGAAGUUCAACCAGGAUAACCUUAUCAAGAUCGAAGACAUGCUCAAGAAGGCCUUUGUUGUGUUCUAUCACAAGCUUCGGCUGCUCAAGAGCUAUAGCUUCUUGAACAUACUAGCUUUCUCAAAGAUCAUGAAGAAAUAUGACAAGGUAAAGAAUUAUUCUAUAUCAAUCUCUUUAAUGGGUUGGUUUCAUUUCAAUCUUAUUCCAUGUUUGAUCAAUUUUUAUUGUUUUUUUUUCUUACAGAUAGCCUCGAGAUGUGCAUCAAAAACUUACAUGAAGAUGAUUGAUAACUCUUACCUUGGAAAUUCUGAUGAGUUGAGCAAGCUUAUGGAGAGAGUAGAAGCGGCAUUCAUCAAGCAUUUCGCAAACUCUAACCGCAGCAUAGGAAUGAACAUCUUAAGACCAAAGGCAAAGAGAGAAAGGCAUAGGGUGACAUUCUCUUUAGGGCUGUUGGUAGGUUGCACUCUGGCGCUCAUAGUAGCGCUCGUUCUUAUCAUACGCACUCGCAACAUCUUGGACCACGAGGGGAAGGAUCAGUACAUGAACAACCUCUUUCCCCUUUACAGCUUAUUUGGAUUCUUGGUUAUCCACAUGCUAAUGUAUGCUGGAAAUAUAUACUUCUGGAGACGAUAUCGAGUGAAUUAUUCAUUCAUAUUCGGUUUUAAGGAAGGAACCGAGUUGGGUUAUAGACAAGUCAUGUUUGUUAGCUUCAGUAUUGCUGUUCUAGCUCUAGCCGCUGUUCUUGCAAACUUAGACAUGGAAAUAGACAAAAUAACUGCCGAUUUUAAAGCUGUCACCGAACUUGUCCCUCUUGGACUUGUAGUGUUUCUUGCAAUAAUACUGCUCUGUCCAUUCAAUAUAAUCUACCGAUCAAGUCGAUUAUUCUUCCUAGUAUCUGUAUUCCACUGUAUUUGUGCCCCUCUCUACAAGGUUACACUUCCGGACUUCUUCUUGGCUGAUCAACUAACUAGCCAGGUACAAUUGCUUCGAAGUCUGCAAUUCUAUAUUUGCUAUUACGGAUGGGGAGAUUUCAGGCUUAGAAAAAAUACAUGUCAACUUAGCGAUGUCUAUAGAGUCUCCUCCUUCAUUAUCGCAUCCCUUCCAUAUUUGUCGCGUCUUCUUCAGUGCCUUAGGCGGUUAUUUGAAGAAGGAGAUCCCCACCAAGGGGUAAACGGGCUGAAAUAUUUGUCAACUAUUAUAGCUGUGAGCCUUAGAACAGCUUUCACUCUGAACAACAAUGCACCAGGUUGGAGAAUGGCAGCCUGGAUAUCCUCUGCCGUAGCGACUGCAUUUGGGAUGUAUUGGGACAUUGUAAUGGAUUGGGGUUUAUUGCAAAAGAAUUCUAAGAAUAAAUUGUUAAGAGACAAGCUCCUUAUUCCACGUAAAAGCGUAUAUUACGUAGCCAUAGUUUUGAACACACUGCUGAGAUUUGCAUGGAUGCAGACCGUGUUGAAUUUCCAAGUUUCUUUCAUGCAUAGGCAAACCAUGAUUGCGGUUGUAGCAGUUCUGGAGAUCAUUAGACGUGGUAUAUGGAAUUUCUUUAGGUUGGAGAACGAACAUUUGAACAAUGUGGGCAAGUAUAGGGCGUUCAAGACCGUUCCCUUUCCUUUCAACUACGAGGAAGAUGAUUGCAAGGAUGAGUGAAGUCUUGAUCACUCUGGUAUACAUGUUUAUAAAGAAGAGAAUGGAGAAUAUGUUUUGUUUUAUACUUUAUAGAGCUUGCUAUGUAAAUGCAGAUAUUGCACUAAUUCAAUUUAUUCCUUGGUUUUGGACCUUUAUGUAAAUGUAAGGGAUCUAUAAGAUCUUACAGUUUUUUCUUCUGGAAUAUUAAGGAGGAUAAUGGUUAUAAGAGAGACAUUAUUGUUUGCAAUAUUAUUAUGUCGGUUGACACUUUA